AUGGCCAAAAUCAAAGGAAUCGUCGACCGAAUACCAAAGAAAAAGAUGAUCGACAUCUCAACGGGGCUCAGGACACUCUACGCGAGGAAAGAGGUCGUGCAGCUACAAAGAGACUUCCUGGUUGACAACUAUUUGAGAUACAAGAGACUCUAUGAGGAGAAUCUGGCGUGUGAUAAGAGCAACGAAUCACUUGAGGCUGGGAAUGCGUGGGGUGUGAAGGACACCAAGACGGUGCUGAAGGAGAAGAAUACGCUGAUAUUUCAGUAUGAGAAGGAGAUUGCUGGGUUACGAGAGCAGAUUGCUUCUCUAAAGGAGGAUGAGCCGAAAAAGUUCAAAGAAAAUGUCAAAAUGGUCACUAUCUCGUUUCCAGACCAAGUCAACUACCUGUACGAGGAGAUUGGGAUUCUAAAUGAGAGUAUGGCAGAUAAAGAGCGAGAGAGCAGGGAGAUUGUGUUGGAAUUAGAGAAUAAAAUUCUGGAGUUACAGAAAGCGGUAGUUAGGGCAGAAGAAGCAGCUAAUAAUGUGACUGAAUGUAGGAAUAGGAAUGCUCUAUACGACACACUUGCAGUAACAGAGGCAUUGCAGAAGGUGGAGAAUGAGAAUCUGUUGCUUAAGGGAACCAUAAAGAACUUUGAGCAGAAACUCUAUUUCCAGGACAAGGAGAACAAGCACAACAAGAUGGAACUGGAACAAAGAGAAAAGGCAACUAAAAUGGUAGAAAUGAGACUGGAGGAGGCUGGUGAGUUACAGAAGACACUUUCUGGGGAUGAAUACAUGAUAGAGGAGAUCAAGUCAGUUAGUGAGGCAUACGAAAAUAUCACGAAGGAAAACACGAAGCUGAUUGAACAAAUCAACUACCUGAACAGGAAGAACAGGGAGAUUGAAAUGCGUCUAGUUGAGAACCAAACGAAGGCGAAGUUGACAGAGAAGAACAUGGAGACAACAGCGAGACAUGUCAAGGAGAUAGAAAAGCUCAUGGAGGCAAUUGAGACAGCCAGAAACACGCACAUUGAGAAAUAUGGUACGGUUGAGGAAGAGCUGGCUCACAAGACAGCAACGGUGAACGAGCUGAGUAACGCAGUUCGCGUCUACAAACGAGACCUCGGGCUGGUUGAGAAGAGCGCAGAAGACAAAGUCACAACCAUUUAUGCACAGUUAAAUGAAAUAAAGGAGCUUAGAGAGAAGAGCGCUGGUUUAGAGAAGAAGGCGAAGACGUACGAGGCCACUGUGAAUGCGUACGAGAAGGCAUUCAGGGACAAUUCGACCACUGUCGACCUGCACAUGCAAAUCCAGGAUCUCAAGGAAUACGUUUAUUGCGCCUUGUGCAAAUCCAACCUGAAGACGCACGUCAUCGACACGUGCAUGCACUGCUUCUGCGAGGAGUGUCUGGAACACCGUCUUAGAACACGCUCUCGCUUCUGUCCAAAAUGCAACCAGGAAUACUCCCGUAGUGACAUCAAGCGUGUUUAUCUGUAA